GUGAUGGCUUCUCCAGAGGAAGGGACCACACGAGGAGGAGCAGUUGCCCUGGGUCUUUGUUGCUGAGUGCGGGCUUCCUCCAGUUGUGUGGAGCGGGGACUGUUCUUCCUGGCGUGUGUGUGACUCUGGCCCUGAAGGUGAGUCGCCUGUUCCUGCAGAAGAGCCAGUCUGAGCUGAGUGCUGGCCCAGGGAGCAGUGACGCGCUCUCAGGAAAAGGGACUUGAGCUGACAACCCCAUGUUCUUCCCCUGAUCCUCCAGCUCGGGGGGCUGUGCAGACACAAGGGAAGUCCCCAGGAGGGAACGUGGAGCUGUGUGUCUGUCACAAGCCUGCAGGGACAUGAAAGGCUGCCUGCUCCUGCUCCUUCUGCUGCUGGGGACAGUUUCUGCUCUCUAUCUGGAGAAGGAUGCCCCCCAUGUGGGCAGUCCAGAGACACAGGCAGACCUGAGCCAGGGUGCUGAAGGCUCAGGGGGGCAAGAAGGAGAACUGGCUCUGAGUGGUGAGGUGCUUGAUUUGGGGGGAGAGGAGGCCGAGGACGCCCACGACGAUGAGGGGGACUCACAGUUAGACCCAGAUGACUUAGAUGAGGAUGUGCAGUGCCCCAAGGAAGAGGAGACAGUGCAACUUCCUGGAGGUCCUGAAUGCAAGAGGUGCUACUACAGGUUGGUGCGGACCCCAAGGAGGUUUAGGCAUGCUCAGAGAAUCUGCAGGCGUUGCUACCGAGGCAACCUCGUCUCCAUCCACAACUACCGCUUUAACUAUCGCGUGAGACGCUGGUCAAGAAGGAGCAACCAGUCACAGGUCUGGAUCGGAGGCGUUAUCAGGGGCAGGUCCCGUUGCAGGAGAUUUCGCUGGACUGAUGGGAGUCGCUGGAAUUUUGGAUACUGGGCCCGAGGGCAGCCUGGGAAUGGCAGAGGCCAUUGUGUAACCCUGUGCACCAGAGGGGGUCACUGGCGACGAGCUUCAUGCAAGAGGCGGCUGCCCUUCGUCUGCGCCUUCUAAACCAGAGGCAUGGAGACCCUGCCUCUCCACCAUCCUGGCUGCCCCGCCCCACCCCUGGCCCCCUUGCCCCUCGCUUGUCCACGUCAUAAAAACUACACUUCUCACAGCA